ACGGUGAAGAUAACCCGGGUAAAAGUGUAAACAAACAAUCGACCGUGGCGUACUGAAGGAGUUUUCCUCAUAAAACUUUACAACAUGUCUAAGUCCGAGAUUGCCCGUCAGUUUGACCUUCCCGAACGUCAAAGCAAACUGAACACCAUGCUGCGUGAGGAAGGACUCAAGGAUGAACAGGUCUAUUGUGUGUGCCGCACCUCUGAUGUUUCCAGGUUCAUGAUUGGGUGUGACAAAUGUGAAGAAUGGUACCAUGGGGACUGCAUUAAUGUUACAGAGAGUGAAGCCGGUAGGAUUAAAAAAUUCUUCUGCCAGAAGUGCAGACUGAAGGAGCCUUCACUUGAAAUAAAAUACAAAAUAAAGAAACCACAUCACAACCACAAUGACAGCAAGCACCAUAAGGACAAAGAUAAGAAAGAUAGAGAAAAAAAGGAGAAAGAGAAGAAAGAUAAAGAAAGAAGAGAUAAGGAAAAGAAAGAAAAAGAGAAGCACAAACAUGACAAGCGCUUAACUUCAAAGACUAGGAACAGUCAUCGAUGUGGUGAAUGUGAGGCAUGUUACCAACAGGACGAUUGUGGUCGUUGUGAGAACUGCAAAGACAUGCCCAAGUUUGGGGGCCCACACAGGCUACGACAAAAGUGCAAAAAGAGACAGUGCCAAAAUUUUGUGCAUCUUGCUCAGAAGUCCAACAAAAGUAAUAGUAGCAGUACAAAAAAGCACAGAAACUAUGAACCAGAGAUCCCACCACUGGCUCCACAGAGGCCCAUUGACACUGGUGAUGAGUACAUGACUGUUCUCAAAGAUGUCCUCAAAGACAAAAAUGAAUGUAGCGAUGAGGACAUGCUGGAUUUAAGUAAGAAAAUCUUCAAAGAUCCAGUAACAGCAAUCUUAGAGUGCAGCAAACCCAAAGAAAAAGAACCAAAGUUACACAGUCGAAAAAGAAAAGAACUGAACAGUGGAACAAAAAAAAGAAAAGGUCGACAUGAAUCUGAUUCUUCAGAUACCGAUUCUGAUGGAGGCUCUAAGGGUGAAUCUGCAACUCAAAAGCAGUGCUUUGGACCUCAGUGUAUCAAGUCAGCUCGGUCCAGCAGCAAAUAUUGCAGCGAUGAGUGUGGACUCAAGUUGGCUGAGGCAAGAAUAUACUCGGUUUUGCCGCAACGUAUACAAGAGUGGAAGAUGAGUGAGUGUGCUGCUGAAAAUCUGGAUAUCCGACAAUUAGAGAAGAUAAGACGGCAGCAGCUGGAGGCAAGGGAGGUGCUUCAGCAGCUGGAUCAACGUCAUUUGGAAAUAGAUCGGCUAGUUGAGCGUGGAAAAAAGGCAGCGAUUGAUCCUCAUGCAGAUGAUGGCGGAGAGGAAGAGGGUGGAGAUGGUGUGUAUAUCUAUUGUGUCACUUGCGGCCAUGAAGUACAGGCCAGACGAGCAAUACGGCAUAUGGAAAACUGCUUUAACAAGUUAGAAAGUCAAACAACUUUCGGUUCUAUGUACAAAACUCGAAUAGAGGGUAACAACAUGUUCUGUGACUUCUACAAUCCCAGCAGCCUCACGUAUUGCAAGAGGCUCCGUGUCAUGUGUCCGGAGCACACCAAAGCUCCAACAGUGUCUGAUUCAGAGGUGUGUGGUGCACCGAUGACUUCUAAUGUUUUUGACGAAACUGGAGAGAUUUGUCGAGCAUCAAAAAAGAAAUGUCUUCGCCACUACUGCUGGGAAAAAUUACGCCGGGCUGAAAUAGACAUGGAGAGAGUUAGACAGUGGCUGAAGCUAGACGAGUUGUUAGAGCAGGAGCGUUUGGUGCGGCAGGCUAUGACCAAUCGUGCUGGUGUUUUGGGUCUUAUGCUUCAUUCCACGUAUGACCAUGCACUGGCAGAAAAGCUUCAACAGUCUCAGCAGUUUCAUCAGAAUGACCAUCAGUAUCAUUUAGACCACAAAUAUCAACAUUCUAAUACCAGCACUCAUCAUCAAAAGAGUUCUAGCAGUGUUAGCUUGCCCAAAACUCCACAGCAGCAGCACCAACAGACCUCCCAGCGUUACAACCAUGACCACCGCUACCAGAGUGAUAUGCAGCAUCACCAAAGUGAUCUGCAGCAUCACCAAAGUGAUCACUUAUAUCACAACACCAAUCGUAAACAUCAUCACAGUGACCAUCAGUACCACAGUAGUGACCGUAAACAACACCACAGUGACCAUCAAUACCAUAAUAAUGAGCGGAAACAUCACAGUGACCAUCAGUAUCAUUCCAACCGUGAGCGAAAGUAUCCAGUGGAACACAAAUACCACAGUGAUCAUCAGUACUUCUCAAGCAAAAAGCACAAAUAAAUUUUAAUUAUUCAUUUGUCAUGACUGUCCCUAUACUUUAUCUGUUGUACCACAUUUCAUGAAGUAAUUCUUGAUAUUUGUUUGCAGAUUUUUUAAUUGAAUAUUAUUUAAAACUAAGAGUGCACUUGUAAAUCUUUGGUAAUUGUGUAGAACAUAGAUGGUUCUUCCAACAUGUAUGUAAAGAGAAGUGAUAUUAGUGUACAAUAUCUAAACAAUGUAUUUUGUAAAUAUAAGGUCUACUUUAAAAUACUAACUUUUUUAGUAGUGGUAGCAAUUCAAACUUCAAAUUUGUACCUAUUGUAAAUAAUUUUGUACAGUCUUGUAUCAAUUUUUUUCAUGCAAAUAAAGUAUUUCUCAUAGCUAACUUCAUAAACGUUUUAUUGAUAAAAAAAAAUUCAAUUAUUGUCCCUAUAGGAGUUGUAUAAUACUUUUGUAAUGCAAGCCAGAAUAUUGAUGUAGGCUGGUAGAUGCAUAUAUGAUUCUUAAUCAGAUGUGACAGUAUGAAGGAAAGAUUCUUUUAUUAGAAAAGUUACUGGUAAAUACCCUCAUAUUUUAACAAUGGUGUUCAAAAUCUCCUGAAUUAUACCAAUAGUUCCUUUGGAUUUUAUUUAGUACUGUUAAAUGCCUCUAAACAGCAUAGUUAUAUUAUGUUAUUUGAAACUAAUUCAGAAUGUGUUGCUGGUCCGAAUAUUAGUUGUUACCCAUUACUAUAUUCACAUUAAAUUUGUCUGAAUUUAAA